CUAACGUCAGAUUUCAUCAGAUUACUUUCGAAGUGACAGCGAAGCACAUGUUUUCAGUUAAAUUCAGUUAAGAGUUAAUUAUUGUUAAUUACUUGAAUCAUAUUUAAGUUUUUAAAAAAUAGUGCAAUGUCGAAUAAGCAAAUCUUGGAAGAACAAAUCAAAGUACAGGGUGAAAUUGUGAGAAAAUACAAAGCUGCCAAAGAAAGCAAAGAAAAGGGCCAGAAUGGGUUUUCACCUUUUCAUACAAAACUAACCGAAAAGCACUAUGAGGCCCUUAAUGAUUAUUUUUCGAGUCGCAGCUAUGUCUCAGGAUAUAGCCCCACGACUGCCGACGGGGAAUUAUUUCAACUAGUUUCAAACCAUUAUUAUAAAAUGUACCCCCAUCUCAACCGAUGGCACGCUCAUAUUGCGAGUUUUUCCAAUGCGGAAAAGCGCAAAUUUCCUCAUCAGAAAUUAAAUCACUUGAAAAACAUAAUCGAUAUUUAUCUGGAUGUGCAGAUCGCUGAAGAAGUUAGUAAGUUACUAGAGUUAAAAGCCAAACUGAACGAGGAUGAAUCUCCAGCAGCUGGUCCGCAGAAAUUCAUUCUCAAGACACCAAAGGGGACCAGAGAUUUUUCUCCGGAACAGAUGGCCUUAAGGAACUCUGUUCUUGACAAAAUCAUAUCAGUAUUCAAGAAACACGGAGCAGAGACCAUUGAUACGCCCAUUUUUGAGCUGAAAGAAGUAUUAACGGGUAAAUACGGCGAAGAUUCGAAAUUAAUCUAUGAUUUAAAAGACCAAGGCGGCGAAAUCCUUUCGCUCCGCUACGACUUGACCGUUCCUUUUGCCCGAUAUCUGGCAAUGAACAAAAUCACGAACAUAAAGCGUUACCACAUUGCUAAAGUAUACCGCAGAGAUAAUCCUUCGAUAGCUAGAGGCCGCUAUAGAGAAUUUUAUCAAUGCGAUUUUGAUAUAGCCGGUGCUUAUGACCCCAUGAUCCCUGACACUGAAUGUGUAAAAAUCGUCUAUGAAAUUUUAAAAGUGUUAGGAAUGGAUCAGUUUAUUAUAAAAUUGAAUCACCGGUUGCUUUUGGAUGGAUUGUUUGAGGCUUGUGGCGUACCGAAGGAUAAAUUUCGGUCGAUUUGCUCAGCUGUGGAUAAAUUGGAUAAGUCACCUUGGAAUGAAGUAAAAAAAGAAAUGGUUGAGGAAAAAGGACUAGAAGAGAGCGUUGCUGACCUAAUUGGUGAAUAUGUCCAAUUGAAUGGUAAAGAAGACCUAGUUGAGAAAUUAUUAAAAGAUGAAAGGUUGCUUAAGAGUAAAUCAGCGGUUGAUGGUUUGGAAGCAAUGAAAUUAAUCUUGCACUAUUGCACCUUUUAUGGCAUUUCCGAGAAAAUUUCUUUCGAUCUCAGCCUAGCCAGAGGUCUGGAUUACUACACCGGAAUUAUCUACGAGGCUGUUUUAACAGGUGAUGCAGGUGGCGACUCUGAAUUCUCAGUCGGUUCCGUGGCUGGGGGUGGCAGAUACGACAACCUCGUCAGCAUGUUUGACUCCAAACACAAACAGGUUCCCUGUGUCGGCGUUUCUAUCGGUAUCGAGCGCAUUUUUGCCGUCCUUGAAGCAAAAUAUGCAGCCGCGAAUAAAAAAAUCCGAACUACCGAAGUUCAAGUUUACAUUGCGUCAGCUCAGAAAAAUCUGGUUGAGGAGAGAAUGAAACUCUGUAACCAUUUAUGGAAUGAAGGAUUUAAAGUUGAGCAUUCGUACAAGAAAAAUCCAAAACUGUUAGCACAGUUGCAACACUGUGAAGAAUACGGUAUUCCUCUAGCGAUUAUUUUGGGCGAAUCAGAAAUUCAGAGGGGUGUUGUUAAAUUACGAGAGGUGACCUCAAGGAAUGAAGUGGAAGUUCCACGUACGCAACUAGUGGAUGAAAUUAGGAAAAUGUUGCAGAAAUCUUGUAUGAAUGGAACGUGUUAAUAAGAUAUUUUCACUAACAUGAAACAUAUUUAUUAUGCGGCGGAGAAGUAGGUCUAUUUAUUUAUUUUUAAGUGGUCAUUUUUUUAUUUAGAUUGUAUGAAAUUGUUACACAAUAAACGCUUCAAAAUUG